CCACUAUCGAGUUGGAUUUGUUUUGGUCAGGACGUGACACAAGUUCGUAGUAGUAAAAUAUAGUUUUGUGAUAUUUGUGAGUGUAGAAUGCCUCUGAAGGAAAUUAUUACAUCUCGCUUGGGCUUAGCAGGAAAUAUGGAGAAAACCAGAGUUGUUCGAUGUCUGUUUGGUACGCCAAAUCAUGAAGACCUCCGUCGGGACUUAGCGGCUCAGCUUAAAAACACUGGGUCAGCUUUUAAGAAAACAUGGAAUUACGACGAGGAUCUUGAUCAGGCUAUGCAAGGACGUUUCCAGUGGGAAGAAGUGUCGACAACGGAAUAUGUGCCGGAGUUUUACAGACGCACAUACAGGAAGACAAAAUUCAGGUCUACACCUGUCAUUGCACCUAAGUCAAAAAGGUGUUUGAACUUUGAAACAGUGUCAGAAAGAUUACCGGUGCUAUCAGUAUCCGACGCAGAAAACACCACCGCCGACGAAAAGGCCGAGGCGUUGGAUCUAAAGAGGGAGAACGAGACGACACCUGAACUUAGAGUUGUCCGACAGACUAAAAUAGAUGAGUACAUGAAAGUUAAGAAACGCCGGUUAGAUGAGAGCGACAGUGAAAAUGAAGGCUGCCCUCCCUCAAAACGGCGGUGUUAGACCCAGAUUGUGUAUUUAUUUAUUACUGAGUGCUAGCCGAAAAAUCUUUGGUGCAGCAUAUAGAACAUAGCAGCCGCCACGCACGUGCGCACGGGAAUACGGACGCCCUUGGACCGUCCGGCCACGUGCGGUUGAACCACGUUACAUAUGCGUAGCUAGGUUCAACAUUCGGCAGACCCCUUUGUCAGAAAGUGUCAUAUUCAGCGGACGAACUUUUGUGUUCUGCAAGACAAUGGCUUAUGAUCUCAGCAACGCGUGUUCUGCUAGUUAGAAGGUAGAGACUUCGGCUAAAUGGAUUGUGAUAGAAUAUAGCACGCCUUCUUUCAAAAUAGGGGGCGCUACGCUGUCCAUGAAAUGGACCAAAUUGUACAGACUAGAGAAAUUUUAUUAUGAAAUUGUAAAGUGUUAUAAGCGGACAGCUCUUGAAAAGAUGUUGUCUAAAUAAUUUACAUAGAAAUACCGUACCAAGAAGGUAGAUAAUUUGCACAGAUCUCAGACCUAUGUUAUGAAAUAUUCCCCAUAGCCAUUUUUGUGUCAAGACCACAUCAUGAAUUGAUCAACUACAUACUCCGUUUUUCUUUGUUUCAAGGUUUUGAUCAGAGUUUUAGCUGAAGGGUAUUUUAUCAUGUUUCUCAUUAAUUAACAACAGAUCUUUGACAGUUUUUGAUGGAAAACAUGACACAUUUUUAGCUAUAGGGCAAAAAAUAGGGAAGUUAGAUGAUGGCUUACAUUACCCAUCAUUUAUAAGAUCUAAUUUGUAAAACACAAUAUUUGAAUUCCAGUUUCCUAAGAUUAUGUUUGAUGUCAUUUUUUUCGUGUGUAAUGACAUUGAUCUGUAGUAUAAAUUGCAAAAAUUAGGUAUGCUGACAUCCAUGUCAAGCAUGUAGCUAUUAUCGUAAGUUAAACAUUUGAUGACCUCGGCUAUGUAUUAACCCAAGGGUUAAUUAAAAAUAAUAGGUUUACCUUAAAGGUUUCAACCAUAGCUAUAAUAAGUUUUCUUACAUUUUUCAGGUUUAACCAUAGAAUAGACACCAUUUUGUGUUCCAUUAUUACAUUUUUCAGGGUUCAGAUUUAGUUGUCAUUUUUAAGGGCAAGACAGUUCAGCCUUUUUGAAAAUGUUAAAGUUCUUAGUGUUGCAAAAAAAGAUGAAUUUUAUGUCAAAAGUUGCAAAUUUGCAUUCAGUGGGUGUGUCCCAGUCAAAUGUCUAUUUCUUUGUGGAAAAUGGAUCUUUAUUGAUUCAUAUUUCAUAAAUUAAGUUUGACAUUACAGAUUUAAAGCACUUAACUGUCUGUUUUGAAGCAACUUUAUGAUAUUUUCAGUUUUUUUGUUACAUUAUGACUCCGAUAAUGCUUUAAAAUAAGGCUGAGCUUGAUUGCGUUUUUAAGCAUUUACAUUGAAAAGUCAUCAAAUCUACUAUUUCUGCAAUUUUAAUUCCUAUUUAGAUUACAAGAUAGCUCCAUUGUUGCAUAAAUUUACAUUAAGUAACUGGAUGGUAGUUUUAAAGUUUACGGCUUUUUGUUUCUGAUAUUUUCUGUUCAGAAUAUACUAGUAUCCCAGAAAUACUGCUUUGUUGGUGAUGUUUAAUAUAAUACUAUCUUCAAAGCAUUUUCAUUCGUUCAUAUAUUGGUGCAAUUUUGUUUGUGUUUUUUUUCAGCAUUUUCGUCAUGUAAUUAAUAAAUUAUGCAUAUUUUGUUUAAUCAUUUUAAAACUUACACCUUUGUAAAUUAUUUCUGAUGCAAUCAUUUAUUGGUUUAUAUUUUUUUUUAUUUAAAGAUGAUUUUAUCUUUUUAAGUUACACAAAAGUUAAAGAUAAAACCGUUUUGAAUUGUAAUUGUUUAGUAGUGAAUUAGAUUUUAAUAUGAAGUUUUAACAACAAAGAGUUUCGUUAAGUUUGCAGUUUUAAGAGGCAGUGGAUUUCACGUUUUGAGGCAAUUUUUCUAGACUUUCAUAGCAUUGUAUAGAAAUAUUUCCAAGGUGUUUCAAUGCUAAUUAUUCUCAACUAUUAACGCUUUUAUUGUUAAAUCAUACUUCAAAUUUGAGAAACCUUUUAGAUCAUUGCUUCAUAUUUCUUGCAUGUGAAUUAUUGUUUGUUUAAGGCGAAAAACAAAUUUAAAUGGUUGUUAACCAUUUUUGGACUUGUGCAAUUUUAAUGGUUUGUCCUUGAAUGGGGACAUAGGUUGAUCUCAAUGUAAUUUAAAUAUGAAAUUAUCUAAUUAUUUCUGUAAAUUUUCUUUGUAAAUAUAAUUACACGUCUAAGUGUAAACUAAUGUUUUAAGGCAUUAUUUAUUAUUUAUUUCUGUUUUAUUUGAAUAAUAAAUAAUUAUAAAUUAGGAAAAAAAUGCCAACUUAAAAAAAAACAUAUUAAAUUUGACCAAAUUUUGAUGGUCAUAACAAAUGAUUGUAUCCAAAACUGCUUAAUUUUGCCAUCACUUUCUUGCCAAAGUUUCAUUCUAAAUCUUGUUAAAUCCAUCAAAAAGCAGCAGAUUUUUUUUGACAUUUUUGUGUAUUUUUGGCUUAUGCGUUGUUUAACGAAGAUCUCAUUUUGUCAACAAAAUUAGAUCAUUUGGAAAAUUUGUGUCCACUUAGUGUUAAAAUUGGGAUUUAUAAUUUAAUUCGAAUUUUGCCACUAAAUGUGACUAAAUUCGCCAUUAUUUUCAUCAGUUCUUCAGUGAAAUGAAAUACGAACUCACUGAAUCAUCUUAUGUUAUAUUAACCAUUAUAAUUAUUUAAUACUGUAAAACAUAUUAUGUGACUGCAAGUAUUCCUUUUUAUGGGCAGUCGAUUAUAUGCUAAUGAUGGUAUAUUAUAACUUGAAAUAAGAAAUAAAAUAUGAAAAUAUA